AUGCCUCGAGGUCAGAAGAGUAAGCUCCGUGCCCGUGAGAAACGCCGCCAGGCCCGGAGUGAGACCCAGGGUCCUGGGAGUGCUCAGGCCACUGCAGCAGAGGUCGAAGAGUCCUGCUCCUCUCCUGUUUCUGGGGGUACUCCCUCAAGCCCCCCUGCUGCUGGCACUGCUCAGGAGCCUCAGGGAGCCCCAGCCACUAGCUCUCCUGCUGCAGGUGUCUCACGCCCAAGAUCUCACGUAGGUGCCAAGAGCCAAGUUGUGGAAAGUGAAAAUUCCUCCCAGGCCUCAGCCUCCACUGAGAGUUCUCGCAAAGCUCUUCUAACCAGGAAGGCAGAGAUGUUGGUGCAGUUCCUGCUGUAUAAGUAUAAAAUGAAGGAGCCUAUUAAGAAGGCACACAUGCUGAAAGUUGUCAACAAAAGAUACAGGGAGGAUUUCCCUGAGAUCCUCAAGAGAGCCUCUGAGCGCAUAGAGCUGAUCUUUGGCCUAGAAUUGAAGGAAGUCAAGCCGAAUAGUCAGUCCUAUACUCUUGUCAGCAAGCUAGACCUCAGCAACGAUGGAAGUCUGAGCAGUGGCUGGGGAUUUCCUAAGAAUGGGCUUCUGAUGCCUCUCCUGGGUGUGAUCUUCUUGAAUGGCAACCGCACCUCGGAAGAGAAGAUCUGGGAAUUCCUGAAUAUGCUGGGUGUCUAUGAUGGAAUGAAUCACUUCAUCUUCGGGGAGCCCAGGAAGCUCAUCACCCAAGAUUUGGUGCAGGAAAAGUAUCUGGAGUAUCGUCAGAUGCCCGACAGUGAUCCUCCAUGCUACGAAUUCCUGUGGGGUCCAAGAGCCCAUGCUGAAACCAGCAAGAUGGAAGUCCUAGAGUUUUUGGCCAAAGUCAAUGAUACGGUUCCCAGUGCCUUCCCAACCUGGUAUGAAGAAGCUUUGAGAGAUGAGGAAGAGAGGGCCCAAGCCAGAGCUGCAGCCAGGGCUGCCACUCCUGCCACGGCCAGUGCACGUUCCAGGGCCACAUCCAGCCGCUACUCUCACCCCUAG